AUGGAGCUAUCCUAUUUCAAUUUUAAACACGGGUAUUUAGAGGCAGUUGUUAGAGGAUAUAGGUCGGCAUUUCUCAAGCCCAAUGAUUAUAGGCGGAUGAAGGCUGCAGAAACUCUAGAAGAUAUGUUUUAUUUGCGGGCAAUCCUUGAGUCCACUGAUUACGCCGAUUUGCUCAUAGACGAACCAUCUCCAAUCAUUUCCGAUGUAAUUGUUAGGAAAUGUAAGGAAAAGUUUGCUUCUGAUUUCAAUUAUUUGCGGCAGGAAGCGGAUGAACCUUUGUCCACCUUUCUCGAUUUUGUAUCGCGGGAAAAAAUUAUAGACAAUGUCCUAGCGUUACUACAAGGUGCUAUAAACAAUACAGACCCCGAGGAAUUGCUCAGUAGAAUUGACCCAAUUGGUUGGUUUCCAGGGAUUAGUGCAUUAGUGACACUAGAUGUCACUUCCUCAUCUACUGAUCUACACAGAAUUCUACUCUGCGAUACACCUAUAGGGGCCUAUGUUGAAAAGUAUUUACCUGAGGUAUCAGACUCUGACAUGGAUCAAUCUACUGUUAUUAAUAUUGCUAAUAUUGAAGUGAUGAGGUGCCACCUUAAGCGUUAUUGGAUUGAGGACUUCUACGCAUUUUGUGAUAAAUUAGGGGGUACUACUGCUGAAGUAAUGGGACACUUGUUGAAGACUGAGGCAGAUUUCAGAACAAUAUUACUCACAUUCAACUCUGUUAGCCUAAACCAUAAUAACAUGGUGAAUCAGGUCUUCAAAGAUCGUAACAAGUUGUACGCUUCUAUAGGAUAUUUAUACCCUCAAGGCAUAGAACGUAUGCGUAAAGCUUGGAAUGAGACAUCUUUUCACGAAGCAAUUGCUCCUUAUGCUGAAUAUGCGAGACUUUAUGAGCAGUGCCGUCACACCUAUUCACAGGGAGUAUCUUCCAAUUCUUCACGGAUGUAUGAUUCUGGAAUGAAAUCUUUGGAAGAUUUUCUUUAUGCAAACUGCGUUAAACAGUGUGAAUUGGCAUUUGAUAUGCAACUGCAUUUUGGGGUUUUUUACUCUUGGGUGAAGUUGAAGGAGCAGGAGAUUAGGAAUAUUGCCUGGAUCGCAGAUAUGAUUCUUUUGAGGCGACAGGAUCAAAUUUCUAGGAUCUUGCCCAUCUUCUCUGAUACUCAACAUGCCAAAUGA